AAUAAAUGUCAGUGAAACCAGCUCCCACCCCAGUGAUACAAAGCAUGGCAUCAAGGGAGAGAGAGAGAGAGAGAGAGAGAGAGAGAGAGAGAGAGCAACAGACAUGCAAAAACAUACACAUGCAGAUCAAAAUUUUAACUGAGUUAAACACUGACUGCUCAAUGAAGGAUUUUUGAAAGCUUACUAGUUGUGACUUUAAACUAGAAGAUGGACCCAGCACUUAUGUUUUUAAGGGCUCAGAAAGCUUCACCUUGAAGGAAAGCAGAGAGGCUUAACAGGUGAAUUCAGAAGAGGACGACUUUGGAAGCUCCCACUAAAGGCAAGCCACAUAUCCUCUGUCUUUGCAACCAUCACAUCCUUCAUCAUGUCAGAGACUCGUCCCACUCCUGCACAAGCCGAGGUGCCCAACACUGCAGAGUCUCCAGAAUUGGAAUGCCCAGUCUGCUAUCAGGAGUAUGACCAGGACUCCAAACUCCCGCGCAUGCUGGAAUGCCUUCAUGUCUUCUGCACAGAGUGUCUUCGCAAAAUCCAGCUAACUCCUCUGCACCCUCCGGACCCCAACAGCACCCCCUCAAUCUCGUGUCCCCUCUGCCGUCACUCCACCCCACUGCUAGGUGGCGAUGCACACUCACUUCCCUGCAACUCACGGAUUCUCUCCCAGCUCCCUCCAAUAGCAUUCCGUCUGCCUGUCUCAGUUUCUGCCCGGAUGGCCACAGUGACCCAACGGGUAGUGCUGUCUGUUGGCGAGAGAGAUACCCGCUUCAUAAUCUUGCCUACUGUUAGUUUAAGGGUGGAGCAGAUGGGAGAGGGUACAGAAAGGGUACAGCCACCCGGAUUGCUGCAUCAAGAGAUGGAAGCUCUUAGGAAACACAAGAAGACAUUGAUGUGUGUUCAGAUGUUUGCUGUCAUUUUCUGGAUUAUGUUUGUGUUGACUUGUGUUGUUGGGGUUGUUUUUGGGCCAAGCAUCUUUCAUAAUUAGGAGAUGAAGGAGCAGGAAAGUUUAUCUUUUAUAAAUGCAUAAAUGUGUUUAUUCUGCUGUUUUAGAAUUAAUGUUGUUAACUACGUCUGUGAUAACUCUGUUAGGGACAACUUGGGACCAUUGGGUACCAUGCAAAAGUUUAGAAAAGUCAUGAA